AUGGCGAGCCCAAGAGCACGUGAAGCUGCCAGUGUUUUCGCUGGAAACAUAGACAAGCAAUUUGAGAAGCUACGUCAAGAUUUGGAUCGCAAACAUAUCCGUCUAGAGAAGAUGAUUCGCAGCAGUGCCCAGCAGGUGGCAGCGGCGACCUCUGGGGCACUUCAGCACCAAUUGAUGACCAUGCAGAAGGAGAUGAUGGCAGCACAUUUCAAUCCAGGAUCAAUCCAGCCUGUGCAGGAUUCGAUGAACCAGGUUCCGCUACCAGGUCACCCUGAAGAAGCCAUUGGCGUUUUCCCUGAUCAUGUCUUGAAAUCGCGCACAACGCAGUUUUCCGUGGAGUCGGAUUUGGACUUAUUUGCAGAAGAUGCAUUCGGGGAAGUUCUCUCACCCAUGGCCACCGAUGAUGAAGAUUUAGCACGCCAACAGUAUGAAUCCAGCGGCCGCAAAAAGAAGAGACACAAAAAGGACAAAGUCAAGACGGCAUGGGAAGACGAGGCAUUGGAAGAUGACGGUGGAAAGAGACGUGCUACUACAGGAAUGACGAAGUUGCGAGAAGGGGAUGAAGAGCUACUGAAGAAAAGAGCGCAGAUGGUGCAGAGGCGCGUUAUCAAAGAAGAUGAAAUGCCACCUGGGCGUGUUUUUGCAAGGAGAAUCGUUUUCAAUCAGCGUUUUGAAUGGAUUGCUGCUGCUGUUCUGCUGGGAAACUCCAUGCUGGUUGGUAUUGAAGCGGAAUUCACGUUGAACAACUUGAAUUCUGAACCUUACUGGCUGAUUCGACUGUUUGACAUCAUCUUCAGCGUCUGCUUCACCAUAGAGCUUUUCCUUCGACUUGCCGCGGACCAGAAGUUCUUUGUUUCGUGCUACAAUCCUGCUUUGCAUUGGAAUAUUUUGGACAUCAUCCUGGUUCUGUCAACCUUUGUUGAGGAGAUCAUCAACAUUGUCGAAGCCAAUCGACCUGAGAUCGAUGUGUCAGUCUUACGAAUGCUGCGGAUGGUGCGCUUGUUGCGCGUUGCUCGAAUUGUUCGAGUUGUUCGCUUCUUCAACGACCUUCGGGUCAUGGUCAAUGGAAUCAAAGCUUCAUCCAGAGCACUGCUUUGGGCAGUUGCUCUCCUUCUUCUUGUGACAUAUGUAUUUGGAGUCACUUUCAUGCAGCUCUCAGCGGCGCACUUGACUGGUUCAAAUGGACAAGACAGCUUGCUGAUUACAUAUUAUGGAACGCUGUCUCGAACGAUAUUGACGCUUUUCAUGACCAUCUCAGGUGGAAUGCUAUGGAAUGAAGCUUUGAGACCUUUGAGUGAAAUCCAUUGGGUGGUCGACAUUCUCUUUUUGUUCUACAUCUUCUCCACCGUCUUCUGCUGCCUGAAUAUCAUGACCGGCAUUUUUGUGGACAACGCGCAGGUGAGCAAGAAGACAGAUGAGACCGUUGUUCGCCAGGAGUGGGAGAAGGAGAGACGACAAUGGAUUGCAGAUGCUGCAGAGCUGUUCUACAAAGUGGACUCCGACGACACAGGGGAAGUGACAAAGACUAAGCUGACAAGCAAUCUCUACACGGACAAAGUCCAAACUCUCUUGCGCCCCAAAGCCGCACAGAGACUGUUAGAGGAGCAGACCGAUGGAUCAUGA